AUGAAAGUUCCCAUCCGCCAGCAUGAUAUAAAUCUGCCGGAUAGGAGCGAUAUUAACUUGCACGCUCAACUUUCCUUCACCCUGAUGUAUGAACUUCCCGGUUUAAAAGAUUACAAUGUGAAUGAGGAGCGGCUGGGUGAUGCAAGUGGAGCAGACAAUGCUGAGACCUACAGUGACAAAGACACAGACCAAAGGAGUUCCCCAGACAUGACCAAAUCAAAAAGUUGUUUCAACCCUGACAGCCCUGAAAUUGUUUCAGUGGAUGAGGUUGGUUUUGCAGUUCAGAAAAAUGGUGGGAGCACAGAGAACCGUCCAGAGAGCCCCAAGUACCACCCAGAGCAGAACCACCUCCUGAUAGAAGGUCCUUCUGGGACAGUUUCUUUACCAUUCAGUUUGAAAGCAAACAGACCCCCACUUGAAGUCUUGAAAAAGAUUUUCCCUAACCAAAAGCCAGCUGUGCUAGAGUUGAUCCUGAAGGGGUGUGGUGGUGACCUGGUGAGUGCUGUAGAGGUUCUCCUGUCCAGCCGGUCUUCAAUGGCCAGUGGAGAGAGAACUUCUGCAGAAUCGGAUGGUCUUGUUUUGCCUUCCAAUGGCCAUCUUUUUGAACACACACUGAGUUCUUAUCCUAUUUCAUCUUCCAAGUGGUCUGUGGGCUCGGCAUUUAGGGUUCCCGACACUCUGAGGUUCUCUGCUGAUUCCAGUAAUGUUGUGCCAAAUCCUCUAGCCGUACCUUUGCAGCACCCCUUCCCUCAGCCACCACGCUACCCGCUGAUGCUGAGGAACACUUUGGCAAGAAACCAGUCCAGCCCAUUCCUGCCCAACGAUGUCACCCUGUGGAACACCAUGACAUUGCAGCAGCAGUACCAGCUGCGGUCCCAGUACGUCAGUCCUUUCUCUGGCAACUCAGCCACUGUUUUCCGAAGCUCGCCUGUCCUUCCUUCCCGCUCAUCAGAAGAUCCUAGGAUUUCAAUUCCUGAUGACGGAUGCCCAAUUGUGUCUAAGCAACCAAUUUACACAGAAGAUGAAUAUGAGGACAGGUCUGAUUCUUCAGACUCAAGAAUACUCAACACAUCUUCUUAGACUGACGUUUGACACGUGACAGCUAAGCGAUACUCACAGUGCAGCUGAACUACUGGUCCCUUAGAGGAGGGACAUGUGCUCCACGAAACUCUUGCAAUUGUAUUCAAAAGUUGCUUGGUAUUGUACUAUAGCAAUAAAGACAUAACUUAUUUAAUUUCUUGCACUUCACUGGAUAAUGCCAAAUAGCAAUACUCUGGCUUUAGUGCUGAGUGUGUGUUGCAAAGGAAGACUUUAUGGCUGCCAGUUAUGGGACUCUAGAAGACUCAUAAUGGAAACAGAAGCCCAAGGUCUACUUUGUUCCUUAACUCAGAAAAAUGGGGAUGUUAAACUAGAAUACUUGAAUGCUGUUUUAUAAUUGAGAACUCCUCAGGACAUAAGAAAUCAAGCAAACAUAGUUCAAUUGCAAAUGGACUAAAACAAGGACCUUAUAGUCUUAUGCCAAUGAUCAUCCUUGCAGUGAAAGAAAAGGCAGAAGAAAGAAAUACACACAUGCAACUAACAUGAGCUGCUUCUGUGCCGUUUGAGCUUGGACACUUUUCAGAGAAAUAUUAUUAAGAGUUAUUCUUUUCCCAUGGCUAGGUCGAAAUGUGUAAUGUCAGUGUAAAACCAAUUACAGCUGUGAAUUGCAUGAAGUGUAUUGUGAAAUGAACACCAGAUUAAGCAUUGUCAGGUUAAUGUAGCAUGCUAAGGACUCUAGAAAAAUAAACUAAGAUGAUGAUCUUGGUUUAUGUAAUUUAUACUGGGCAAAUAACAUUCUGAAGAUAGAGAGCUGAUUAGUUCUCAGCCGGGGUUAAAAUGUCCAGCUCCAGCAGCUGCAGUCAGGGGGAACCUCUUUUUCCACGUCUCGGUUUUGCUUCCCUAACUUGUAACUUGCAACUGAGAUUAGGCAAAAGCUUUCAUCAGGGAAGCUGAGGUCUCUUGUAUUUGUACUGCAGAUAUUUCCAAGCUCAGCUGAGUAAAGCAGAGCUUGCUACAAUCACAGAAAGCAGAAAACAAAACGCUCUCCCAAUGCUUCAGAAGCAUAUUUUUUUUCCUAUUCUGUAGAAGUAGAAAAGAACCAGAAAUAGGAUGUAAUAAUGGGCAUUUCUUUAAAAUAAUUUUUAGCCAAAUGACAACUCCCCUUUCCCCCUAGAAAAGUAAUGGUUUGAACAAUUUAUUGCAUGAUUGCAUGCGUUGAUUACACUGCAUAUCUUAUGUGUGUCUGAGUAACAUUAGGAAUUGCUUCUGAUGAGGAAUGCCUCUAAGUUUAAUGUCCGCUUAGAAGAUUGUUAAGCUCAUAGUGUCAUUUUUUCAACUGUUCACAAGUGACUAUGUACGCUUGACAAUUGACUUUUUACAAAACACACCUCUGAAUGCAGAUGAAAUGUCUCUUUGGUCUUUCAGGUCUGGGGAUUAGUCCCACACCUCAAAAAAAGGUGAGGCCACCCUGAAGUCGGACUCUGAAGCAGAUGGGCUUUAAAACUGUUAUAUAAGUGUAUCAGGCAUGUUAUCUGGUGUCAUUGUUGAUACAAAUGCCUGUGUUCUCAUUUGGCAUUUCAUGUUUUGUAAGUCUUGUGCACAUGAUGAAUCUUUCAUUUUAUAAAGGUACUGAAUACGCACAAAAAGGAGAAUAAAAUAAUGACUUUAUUUUCCUUCGGGGAUAAAUUAACUGAAAGAUACUUUAUCUUGCAUAACUUUCCAACCUGUUCAGAGAAGCAUUUUAUUGAUUAUGCUAUGAAGACAUAAAAGCAGGGGAAGGGAGGAAAAAAAAUGAAUUCACUUAUGGAAACAUAAAUGUGCAAGCAUCUGGAGUUUCCCUAAAUGCAGGGUUUCAGUUGUGUGCUGACAGAUUUGCCUGCAUUCACAUGGCAUUUGUGAACAAUUCAUCUUACAGCCACCCCAGAGAGAAAAGUAAUAUGUAAAAUAGGUCUUGCAAGGAGAAAGGCAGGUGGCAGUGAAGCGCUGUGCUCUGACACAUUUCUGAGAAGUUGUCAAAGGCUAGAUAAGAGCAGAUAGGCCCUGGAGCUCCAGUUUUGGGCAGAUUUCCUGCCUGCAGAAAUCUUAGGCAUCCCCUAUACUUUAAAUUAAAUCUUAGUGGAGAUUUUUUGUUUGUUUUGCUUGUUUGUUUGUGUGCUUGUUUUGCUACAGAUAUUGAAUCAUCUUCACAGAAAGAUCAAACUGUGAUACCUGCAAAAGCUCAUACCCUCUGUGGUCUGUGGGUUUUCAGAGAACUGAAUUUUGGCAUCCUGGCAUUGGGACACAUCUUUCAAAGAAAGAUGACCCUUGGCUAACAUGGAAUGAACUAUUAUCACACUUGUGGUGAAAAAUGCAAAUUUGACUGUAUGAUUUUUAAAAUUCCAUCUCUUUUGACAAGCCAUUUUUCUGAAAAAAGAAACAGGUUAAAAUAAUCCUUGUCUCUUGUGUUAUAAAAUAACUCUUGACUCAAUCGACAAAUACUUUUUUUCCUUAAAUUAAGUAAAUAUAUCUCUGUUCGAAAUAAGAAAUGCAAAUUUUCAUGUUGAACACUAAUUUUUGUUUGACUGCGACGGCUCCUGAGCCUUGCAUUUCCCUGGUCCAUCUUGUGGCAAACAAGGGUAUGUGCUCGUCCGAGCAGGUACUUCGUGCUGAGCUAGAGAGCGCAUCGGGAUGGGGAGGGUUGAGGCUGGAAGGAUUGAUGCUCAGAAACACCCCGAGUAAAGAAAAGAAAAAAAAAUUUCAAACAUCAAUAAGGAUGCUUUGAGCCUGGUGAGGUCUCUGUAGGAUCUCGGAGUCCAACGGGUUGUUGGGUUUUUUAAGGGUUUUUUAAAGUCUUUUUUUGGGCACUAGUGCAGCUGUGGCUUUCUUGGAGCAAGAGACCUUCAGCAUCGAGCCUUCUGCACAGCUUCUGCCCCUGUCUGAGCAGCCCCUCAGGAGCCUCUUUUGGGUGCCCCAGGACUGCUUUUUCUCCUGUCAGACGCGUGAUUUCACUGUCAGCUCUCUGGGAAAUGCCACAGAAAGCUCUCUCUGCUCACAGGUCGUCUUGUCCAAGUCUGAGCCCCACCAGACACCUGUGCAGUGGGCUCUGCAGAGGCUGGCAGCUGCUCCAGAGGCACAUUGCCCAAAUCCCCACUAGCUGACCUCUAGCUGUGGCAAGGUGGUUAAGGCCAACAAUGAUGUAAACCAUAACAAUAAUAAUUUCUUCCUCAAAAGGAAUGCCGUGGGGAGCCCGAGUGUGAUGCUCACAUUCUCCAGUAUCUGUCAUACCCAUAGAUAAGGGAAUAGUCAGAGGGACAGCAGGGGUAAGCACAGCACAGUGGGGAUGUCCUGUGUCAAACUAUCCCUUGCCUUGUCCCUGCUGGUGUCGUGCUGCUUUUCUGGGGGUCCCUGACUUACCCUGCCUGUGGGUCUGAAGGGCCACCUCUGCAAUAUUUGUUAUAUGCUUGGUGAACAGGCUCACCUCACAUUUGUGCUGACAUCUUUGAAAAAUGACUCUGAUUCUCUCAGUAUACUGUUUCAGUGAUUCAUUCUUUAUGUGCAUUUACUCAGCAGACGUGAGUGGGGAAAUAAGAUUUAUGCUAAAUUUAUAUGUUAAUUUUAAUAUUGAAGCUAUCCUGUAUUUGAAGAAUAAGAUCAAUUCUUCAAUUUCAUUUCUUACGUGAUAUU